CUUUCCCGAAGGUGGCGGGGGAAAGCAGGCAGUACUGGGCAGCGUUGCCAUCUUGGCGACGGCGCAGACGGGAGAGACGCGUUAUCGCGCGGACCGACAACUCCCUUUUCGACACCUGCGUCUGCAUAGGGAUAAAACAAGGAAGAAGGGCUAAGGAGGCAACGAUCUGCACCGGGGAAGAGAAGGAAAGAGGUCAGACGACGAGCGGUGGUACAACGCGUGCUCACUGACGAAGCAGGCUUAUUCGUCGUCGUCGAUUCGUCGGGAGAAGAGCCGGAGCCAUGGUAGGGUAAACGGCACGGUGAACCGCAACGCCUGUAGGCACCGGCGUUUGCUCCCCUACCACGCCGACCUAGCUCCCCAGUCAUCUUAGGCCUCUCCGCCAGCUAUCACCCCGGAACGACUGUACGAAAACACAAGGGGGAGAUAAGGGAAGGAAAUACGGCAACGCUCAUUUACGGUGACCGCUGGAGGAGAAAGGAGACCGAACACACAACCGCACACCACAGCUUUCGCCCUUCGGAACGACCCUUUGAAGCUUCGCUCGCACUGACCCACCGCUGCACCGCUUCGCAUCCGUUGUGCUGCAGCAGUGCCCGUUCCCGAAGUUUUCGACGGAAGAGUGAAAUCGGGAACUUGGGGAUACAAGGAGAGUGAAGGGCAAGGACGUCUUUUGGUUACGUCCCACCUAAACCUCUCCCAAGAGGGACGGCGAAGUCUUCGUUUCCAGCUCACCACCAACUGCUCCACCAACUUCGAGUGUGUGCUGGAGGGACUAUUUUUUGCGUUCUUUCGUUCGCCGCAUCUUCUGAAUCGCUCAGUUUCCAUCGGUGCAAAAGAAGAGAGAGAGAGAGGGGAAGAGUUGCUUCGUUUCGCAAAAACCCCUCCUUUCCUUCACCGAAAGAAACCAAAGCACGCGUCGCAUAGACACGACGAGCCAGCACUCCGACGACUAAAACGCAAGACGACAUGGCUCCCCGGGACCAAGCGGCGUCUAUCGACGGGCUGCUGAUGCGGCUACGCAAGGCAGUCGCGCCCGCCCUGGAGCCCAGAGCCGGUGUCGCUGCCGCACCGCCUGCCGCCGGUGCCCCAGCUGCGCCGGCCGCACAGCAACCGGCGGCGCCCGAACCUGCCGCACCCGCAGCGCCAGCUCCGGCAGCUCCGGCGGCUGCUCCCGCCCCGCCACCCUCGCCACAGCCCGCAGCAGCCGGUGUCGGAGCGGCUGCCGCCGGCGCCGCCGCCGCCGCUGCCGCACCGUCGGGUGGUGCGCCGGCGGCGGCACCUGCCGCACCCGCCGCACCGGCUGCACCGGCUGCACCGGCCGCACCGGCCGCACCAGCCGCCGGAGGGGUGGCAGCACCGGCCGGUGCCGCUGCCGCCGCUGGAUCGGCGGCAGCUGCUGGAGCGGCCGCGCCGAACAAUGUGACGUCCGUGGUGGCUGCUGCCCCAGAAGAAGAGGUCUUAGAGGAGAUGCUGCACAAAGCCUCCGACCUGACGCACAUUCCUCCAUGGGGCAUCGUGAUGAUCCUGAUCGCAGUGGCGCUGCUGCUGCUCUGCAUUUGCUUCUGCUGCCUGCGGCGCUGGUGCCGCCGGCGCAAGAAGGACGCCAAGAAGGGACUCAAGGGCGCCGUGGACCUCAAGGGUGUCCAGCUACUGGGCAAUGCCUACAAGGAGAAGGUCCAGCCGGACAUGGAAGAACUACAGGACAACAUGGAGAACAACGAGGGUGACGGUGAGAGCAAAAAGUCCGAGGAGAAGCUAGGCAGGCUUCAGUUCAAGCUGGACUACGACUUCAACACCAGCAACCUUGCCGUGACUGUGAUCCAAGCAGAAGACCUGCCUGGGUUGGACAUGUCCGGCACGUCCGACCCGUACGUCAAGGUUUACCUCCUCCCGGACAAGAAGAAGAAAUACGAGACCAAGGUGCACCGCAAGACCCUCAAUCCUGUCUUCAACGAGACGUUCAACUUCAAGGUCCCAUACGCCGAGAUCACCACCAAGACGCUCGUGUUCGCCAUCUUCGACUUUGACCGCUUUUCCAAGCACGACCAGAUCGGUGAGGUCAAAGUUCCCAUGAAUACCAUUGACCUCGCUCAGACUAUCGAGGAAUGGAGGGACCUGACUGGCGUUGAGGGAGAGCAAGGACAGGAAAACAAGUUGGGUGACAUCUGUUUCUCACUCCGCUACGUUCCCACGGCCGGCAAGCUGACUGUUGUUAUCCUGGAAGCCAAGAACCUUAAGAAGAUGGAUGUUGGAGGACUCUCCGACCCGUACGUGAAAAUUGCACUGAUGAUGAAUGGCAAGAGGCUGAAGAAGAAGAAGACCAGCAUCAAGAAGUGCACCCUGAACCCUUACUACAACGAGUCCUUCACUUUCGAAGUCCCGUUCGAACAAAUACAGAAGGUGCAGUUGGUUGUCACGGUGGUCGACUACGACCGCAUCGGGACGUCGGAACCCAUCGGGAAGGUUGUGCUGGGCUGUAACGCCACGGGCACCGAGCUGCGUCACUGGAUGGACAUGCUGGCCUCGCCACGUCGACCCAUCGCGCAGUGGCACUCGCUCAAGGAGCCCACGGACGGACAGGACAACUGAGCCAACGCAGGCCUCAGAGGUGCAAAGGCAACAUAUUUAAAGGCCACCCUUUCCUCAGCACUUUACGGAGCGACUCUCAGCGUCGCCGGACCGAGGCGUUGGAGAGUCGUUUGCUGUUUUAUUGCACCGUUGUUGAUUGGUUCUCCCCUGCCCCGUGUACCAUUGUUCUUCACAUAUUCCUUCGUACGUGUUUACGUGUGUGUUCCUGUGUUCUUCGAAAGGCAGGCGGGAGACGCUGUACAUAAAAAAUGUUAACGCGGUCAUGAGCAGUCAACGGCCGCAUUUGCUUCGGUUGUCGUCGUUAAGCUGAAUGUCUGGCCCCCUGUAUGACGGGCUUCACAGUCAAAACGCUAUGUGUUCGUUUUAUGUCUGACUCCGCGACGAGCUGUGUUCAUCCUGCUAAUCAAAAAGGAGGGGACAUGUUCUCUUCGAAGACUUUUACGAGGACACCAAAAUUUGACUUAACGUACGUCCUGCAAUAGGGGUGCUUGGCGUUAUGUCAUUGGGUAACAAAUGUUCCCCUCGACUAAAUAUUUUAGACAUUGUGUUGCCUUUUGUUUCUCGAAGCUACUGCGCAACGCAAAAAGAGAGUGUGGUUAUAAAACCACACAUUUCUUGGGCACGUCCUGAGAUUACCUGAUUUUACGUCUGCAGUAAAUGUUGCUGACAGCAUUUUCGUGAAACUCGAAGCGAGUUCGCCGACAGUGUAUGCAAAGUUGUACUACGUGGUAAUGUGUUGUGUUUCUACUGAUGCACGAGUGAAAGCUCUGCUUGCUCUGUUCACGCCAGUUUAUUGAUCUUCAUUGAUUGGCUUUUAUUGAUUCAGGAGCUGAUGCUCCUCAACUAUUUCACGCACUCGAGAACGCUGUUGUGUCUCGCACUGUGUUCUCUUGUAUUUAUGCAUUGGUUUAGCGAGUACAUAUCUCAGCUGUGUUUAUGGCUUCGUUGUCAUUUUCUUCGAUUCAGGCAAUGUAUUCCACAACAUAUGCAUCGAGGGCUGAAUGCGUUCUUUUCUUUAAGCCAACCGAGACGAAUAUGGUUUCUGCCUUCUCGUCAGUUGUACUUCGUCAUGUUCUAUGCAUCCUACGAGCUUUAAAGCACAUGGUUUGAAUUCUCAGUUUUAAGCGAGGGCUAACAAUGCGUGGCGGUGUCUUCGCACUUGAUGGCAGCACAGCUGUGGUGUAAGAGAUGAUCUGCGUGUCGUGAAAGAACGUGAGUUAUGUACGUUUACGCGAUAGGUGAUGCUUCGAUGCGGUGUUCGAAGUUCUUAGUUCUUUCGCUUAGUGACUUUUAUGAAGUGGGUAUUCUUCGUUUUCUGUCUGCGAAGUUACUGAUUCAAGAGCUACCUUUCUGGUGGGGUUUCAAGUCAUUGAAAUUCUUAAGCACUUCAGAUUGGUGCAAACUGAAAAUUCUUCGUUAGGCGCAGCACUCAGUUGACCGUAAUUCUCUCUAGCAGUUUAUUUUGUGAAGGCUGGCAUUUAGUACGCCGGGAUGCUCUGUCAGAGGAUGACACAGCAAAUAUCAGUUAAACAUAACUCCACAGUUGGUGAGGCUAUUCAUGUGUGUUCAUGAAGCUUGGGAACCUUUUAUGACUGGUUGUGUUACUUGUCUCGACCGUUGAUGAAGUACAUGCGGUCAAAAACUGAAACGCCAUUGUUGAAUGUCUCCGCCGCGCCCGUUUCACGUUUUGUUCACCCUUCAGCCUGUUGCUCACGAACGUUAUUUUUUCUUUGAAUAUCGGUCUCUUUUCGUUUCAUAUUCUCCGCGUUUAUGCUCUUGCAACGUGGCUGUUAGGGGCUGCGCUAGAUCUAAGCAUGUAUCAAUUUUUGUAUAUCGAAGUUGACGACGCGCGUUAUCUAUGGUAGUUAAGUCUCGUAGGUAGACAUACGCGCUUCUUAAGAAAAAAAAAACAGAGUGUAUCGUAGAUCAAGUGCUGUGGUGUAUCGUGUGCGAUAGGAUUCGAAGUGUGUGGAGUGUACUUGAAUUCUGGAAUGUCUAUCUCUCGUUUUUCUUUCUGUGGAGACGCACUUGACGUAAGUUAUUCGCACGUGCACCUUAUCUUCUCGGAGAAGCAGUGAAAAAAAAACCGUGAAUGAUUCUUCCAUGCGUGCCAUGUGUCAAGAUAACUGACUCCGCAUCUUCGUAUCGGAGGAGCUUGACUCGUCUUGUGAACGCUGUGAAAAUUUGUUUUUCUUUCAUUUUUCUAGUUGAGGUCACUAACCUAUGGUAGCUACAACGUAGUCACUUAGUUCACUAUGUUGAAUGCAGCGUCUUGAUUUUAGAGUGGUGUGCGGGAGCCGUGUGCUUUUUUUUUUUUUUUUGUAUAAGUGACAUGUCUGUAACACACAGCACAGGAAGCUUUUAGGAGGCGUUCUGUGUUUGCUUUGUACAUUCUGUCUUUCUCAACCCUGCUGUGGUAUUGAGGAGGUGCAUAAUGGUUUGCACAGCUGGGCUGAUGCUGACUUGUCCUUUAAGCACUGUAUUUCAGAGUCUUUUUUUUUUUUUCAAGUCCUUUUAGGCAGUUAUGCGUUUGUUUCCUGCACCAAAAUUGCCGUGUGCGCUGCAAUGACUGUCUUUUUUUAAAUAUUUCAUGACAACUUUUCGCCUUCUGGUGUCGAUGUUCAAUUGGUUUGCCACACUUCUGUCAUUUACUUGAGUUCCAAGGACUUUCACGCAAGGAAAGAAACUGUUAUUUUUAGAUGUUUGUUUCCAAAUGCAGCAACUAAAAUGGGUCGCUUCUUGACAGAUUAGCAUUAUUUCGCAAAUAUUGCCAUUAUUGUACUCUAUAAUUUGGCAGAUCCUCUGUCAAACAACUUGUCGCCCUUUCUUUAUUACAUGAUGUUACACUGAAAGUCAAUUAUGAAUGUUUCUUUCGUUGCAACAAAUUUUCAGUACAUAGCAGUCACUGGUACUUUUUUGUUCCGCCACAGUUGUGCUUGAGCUUAUCUUUUGUCGUCUCUAAAGUUUCGACACCAACACCUUCCCUCCUCGGCAAGUGGGAGUAUUGUACUUUUUUACUCCCUCAUGACACCCUUUCGUGCAAACGGUGUACUUCCGAGCUCUUGAGACUUAGUUUUGAAACCUGCAUUCCUCCCGAAGACAUCGUGUACGCAGUAGCGCGGUGCACAUUUCUAACUUUCGAACGCGUGUGCCUAUUGCAGCGUUAGCAGAGAGAAGUUCUUGAAGGUGAUUCCAUUUUGCUUGACCUUUGACCUUAGCUGUGACUGCGCAGCGCUCUCCCUUUCUCUUACUGUCUGCGACAGGCUGCUGGCGAGAGCAUUGAAAGCUGAUAUCUACGUCACGUGAUGUUUCCGUGUUUCUUGUCCGGCGAGUGAAACCCACCCCUUUUUUCAGCUCCCCCACGCGUUUGCUGUUGCGACGACACUGUGACUCGUGUCGCCUUCUGGCCUCCAUACUAACUAUAAGAAACAAACAUUCCAGCUUCAUAAUGAUCUCACUUAGCCGGAAACGCCUCAUAACGCACGAAUCUUGAGUAAAAAAUGCUCACAGCGCGGCUUCGGGUGUCCCAGUCACUAGACCAAGCGAGUAAGUGUAAUACUGUCGAUAGACCACACUUUUAAUGCUGGGUGUCUACGGCCUCCCCUGGAAUAACUGCGAAAUUGUAUGGCAAAAUCUGACCGACGUGUUCGCUUGCAUGAUAAGUUGUCGGAGAUAAAGAUCAAUUGUUAGCCUUUACACGGUGUUUAGCUUGCAUCUAGGCUACGCAAAUCAAUGUAGACACUCGUUUUUUAUAAAUUAUUUACUUUUGCUUGCUGUGAGCUUUUUUUUUACUAGCUCGUCUAGAAAUCUUGAAAAACGCCAAUCCUUUGCCUCCUUAUUAGUCUUCGAAAUAGUAACAAUCUCACAGGACCUGAUAACCCUUCUCACCUUAAGCAUCAAGCAACCAGUAACAAAUUACGAACUUAUUGCCUUACGUAAACUUGGAAACUGUCAAAUGAUUCUAUGGGCGAAUAUUAGGUAACAUUUACGGAAGUGUCCACUGACAGUCCGAUGACACCUCGUAGGUUUUUGUCAAUAGAAAAGCAACUGCAAUUAUCGUCGAUUUUACUUAAAAAAGUAACCCACAACUGAAAUACAUCUUGAAGAAGUGGCAGUUCGCAAUCUGUUUACGCACACAGAUUUCGAACGAAAUUGGCUGGCUCGGCUUGGCUUUAAAGGGUUCUCCUUAGCCGGCUUUGAGCAUUUCUACUCGGGCAUUCCCUCUUGUGGCUUCUGGGCAGCUGUAGAAUCCUAGCGUCUCCUAGUGCGUUGCUGUUAAACCUGUCAUAUCACUUCACAGAAAUGCAGUCUAACAAUGUUAACACGUCUGUUGGUGUACAUGUUUAUUGGUCUGUUGGCACUCGCGCACCCGGUGCGAUAGCACCAUGUCCUUCGCCUUCGCAUGCACAAAGAAUUGUGUUGCUGAUCCUUGAAGCAAUGUGCGACAGGGACGCCAACUGGACGACCUUUGUUGUGCAUAUUACCUACCCCCUUUACGCUAACAGUUACACACAGACGACCUCGAAUUUUCUAUUGCACGUUAACGAAGCGUAGGCUAUUUUCGCAGCAACUAGUCGCGUUUAUUAUUCAGAAGCGAUAACCACAUUAUGGUUCCUUAUGCCUCUGAGACACCCACGAUCGAAAUUUGACACCUUAUUAUUGUUAUUAGCGUUUCUUUCCGUGGUAUUUGUCUAGGAAAAACGUUACGCCGGUGUCUUUUUUCACUAAUUUGUGCGUUAACGCCCAUGUUUUACACUGCAAAUUCAGAGAACCAACGUUAUGAUAAUUUCUUUCAUGUGAGAAGCAGAUCCGCAGACUUAGCCCGAGCAUUUUAGUUACCUGGUGAUUUCAUAAGGACAACCUAAAAACCAUAAAGGUAGUUUUUCACAUGAACGUGUUUAAAUCAGCAACCAUUUUUAUCUGAGUUAUUGUCCGUGACAUUUCUGUUCCUUAAAAUCUUGAGUCGUCACCAGUUUCCACGGUAGCGAUUCAGCUGUCGCAGUUGAAUGCUGAUAUAAACAUGGAGCUCCUUCACGCUUGGGGCGGUAUAUCACACACUGAACCGCUGGUGCACGUUUGAUAUCUCAAUGUAGUUUAGGAAAGAGCUACACGAUACGCCUCGUAGACAAACUUAAAGAAAGCUGGACAAAUUUGUAGCAUUGGUAUGUGCGCACCUACGCUCAGGUGCCGUAGUUGCGAGCAGACCUAACUCCUGCAGCAGUCAUUCAACUAUCCGCAGUAUUACUCUUGCACAUAGUCGCUGGUUAAACAGUAAAGCAGGCAGCUAAAUCUGCUCUUGAUCUAAAUCAACCAAACACCGAAAUGCGAAUGCCUGCAGCUAUAGAGCUAAAGCAAAAGUUGGCCCUGCUGAGAACAGAACAAGAAUAGCUCUCGAUAUAAGCUUCUUCUCGAUGUAGCCUGUAAAAUACGCACACCAGCUUUCUUCGUCCAGUGUAGUAAUUGCAAAGACAGCACCGUUGUGUGUGGCUCUCGUCAUAAAUGCCUUACGGCAGCAAGUGCAUUUUUAUUACAGUGAAAACAAACACACUUCCUUGACAUUCAUUUAUCUAUGUUUGACAUUCCCGACAGGGACAGAUGCAAGUGUACUGUCUGAUUGAAACUAGGAAGCUUUUGUGUCUCGACUGACCAUCAUGCACUCUGUUAACGCAGGGAGUGUUAACAACUCCUUUUGCGGGGAUUAUCACGUAUUUGAGACCCUCUUUGAAUGUCCUUACACCCGCUGAUGGUGUGAGAAGCAUGCCCCUUGGACAUAACAAAAAACGUCCGGGUACUCUAACGGUGAAAAUGGCGUUCUACGAUUAGGAGAGUGGUCAAAAGGCCCUUUCAAAUUAGAACACAUGGUUAGCCUUGCAAAAGGGACUGUCGUCACAUCUUUUGCUGUAGGAGUGCAAUGAGGUUUUUGGUCCUGGUCUAUGUGAUCCUAACUCGUAUAAUUUAAGAUAUCCCAGGAACACACUAAGAGAAGAAUGAGGCAACAGAACACGACAUAUAGAUUAUGCGAGCCCAUUUGUCGUCUUCUCUUGCGCCAUAUCUUCUAGGUGAACCCAUUACCAAGGCCAAGUUAUGAGAUACUUCGAAAGGCAACCUUGCCACAGACUUAUGUCCUUACGGCAAUGAAAUGGAAGUUCUCAAAGAGAAUUUUUCGUUACGCGACGUUCCAGAUGACCCCAUGUUUUACAGCGACGGUUGUAUGCCCUUGUACUCGUCAAUGGAUUUCGAGGUGUUCUAGUCAUGUACGAGCACAUUCUCUUUCCCUUGAUUUUUUUUUCUUUCUGUGCGAGAUGUAUAUCUUGUAUCAUAGUGGAACGACGCUGUACCGUGCAACGGGUGCCCAUCAUCGCCCGCAGUAUACUUACGUAAACACCUUCUACGCAAAAAAAGACACCCCCUCGACUCAAGCGCCGGACAAAGGGGGACUUGCACCUACGUGUGUCACUGCAUACUUAAUUCUAUAGGGCGGUGUAAAGUUAUGUACAUAAUCGCAUCUUUGUGUCAUAGUGUCUGCGCCAGACUGGUUGACUCUUCGUGAAGGUUGACUCGUUUUGUUAUUGUUUCGUUCUUGGUUUCCAGCUUGUGGUCAAUAAAUCUACUCUGAGAAGGAA